CAAUGAAUGCAUAAGGUGUUAAUUGUUUUGAAUUAUAAAAUAGAAGAGUUUAAUAAGUACAAUAAAGUUUAAAAUGUCGAUCGUAUUAUUAAAUAAUUUCAUUACUCAGUUUGAAAAUAAAUAAUUGUGUAUUUAAAGUUUAAUUAUGCUAAUAUCAUUCGUAAAAGGUAAUAUUAGGCAUCAAUUAUUAGAAUAAGGUUAGAAGAGAUUGAUAAUAGGAUAGAUAAAAGUAGGAAUUAUACAAAUGUGGCAACCUGAGUAUCACAAACGGGAUGCAUCAAUGCAGGUGUAAAUUUAAAAAUGUGACGUAGAAAGUAAAAUUAAUAAAAUCGUGGUGAAAACAACUAGCAAGAUUUGAAAUAUGGGGAAACCAACAAGAGUAGUUGUUUGUGGAAUGAAAGGAGUUGGAAAAACUGCAUUACUGGAACAACUGAUUCAUGGAAAUGUCACACUUAAAACUGAAAUUCAUCCAACGAUAGAAGAUAUUUAUGUGGCUAAUAUAGAAACUGACCGUGGAACAAAAGAGAGAGUAAGAUUUUAUGACACUGCAGGCUUGGAAUCAUUGCAAAGCAAUGCAAACAACCAACAACUUCCUCGACACUAUCUUGGAUUUGCUGAUGGAUAUGUCUUAGUUUAUGAUACAACCAAACCCGAAUCAUUGGAUGUUUUGUUACCAUUGAAAAAGGACAUCGAUAAGAACAAAGAUAAAAAAGAAAUAACGGUAAUAGUUUUAGGUAAUACAACUAAUAACGAGAAUAAAUCAAACAGUUUAGAGAAUACAUCUAAUAAAGCUAGUAAUUGGUGUACCAGGGAAAAGAUUAAACAUUACGAAGUUAAUGUAAUGGAUAGACAAACUUUGUUCGAACCAUUUAUCUUCUUGUCGUCUAGGUUGAAUCCACCUCCAAACAAAAGUACUUUUCCACAAUUAAGUAUGGGUAGGAAAAUAAUUAAAACUGAGACUCCGUAAGAUAAAAACAAAUAUAUCGUUUAAUUCUAAUUCUAAUUGAAUAUAUGAAAGUAAUUUAUCUGGCUGUGGUAAUAAAUAUCAUCAUCCUGUAAGGAUGAUUAAAUA